AGGCACCGCCCGGUGGGCGUGGCCACCCGUGUCCCCGCGGCCAUGGCUCCCGCGGCCGCCAGUCCCCCUGAGGUGGUCCGCGCUGCGCAGAAGGACGACUACUACCGCGGCGGGCUGCGGAGCGCGGCGGGCAGCGCCCUGCACAGCCUGGCGGGUGCCAAGAAGUGGCUGGAGUGGAGGAAAGAGGUGGAGCUGCUGUCGGAUGUUGCCUACUUCGGCCUCACCACACUUGCAGGCUACCAGACGCUCGGGGAGGAGUACGUUGGGGUCGUGCAGGUGGACCCAUCCCGGAGCCGCGUGCCGUCGAGGCUGCGCCGUGGUGUGCUGGUCGCGCUGCACAGCGUCCUGCCCUACGUGCUGGACAAGGCCCUGCUGCACCUGGAGCACGAGCUGCAGGCUGAGGGCGGCGCCCGGCCCUCGCAGGGCAGCUUGGCUCCCGGCGUGCGUGGCCGGUCGGGGACGAGGCGCUGGCUGCACCGGCGGGUGGCCACGCUGACGGAGCAGCAGAGAAGGGUCAUCCUGCGGGCCGUGCUGGCGUUCAGGUGGGGCCUGGGCUGCCUCCAGCGGCUCCACGUCGCCUGGUUCUACGUCCAUGGCGCCUUCUACCACCUGGCCAAGCGGCUCACGGGUGUCACCUAUCUCCACACCCGCCGCCCACCUGCAGAGGACCCGUGGGCUCACGCGAGCUACCGGCUGCUGGGGUUCAUCUCCCUGCUGCACCUGGCACUGACCGUGGGGCUGCAGCUCUACAGUCUGCGGCAGAGACACCGUGCCCGGCGGGAGUGGAAGCUGCACCGCAGCCUGUCUCAGCGCAGGCCUCACACGGAAGAGAGAGCGGCUUCCAGGAAGGCCCUGUGCACCCUGUGCCUGGAGGAGCGCCGGCACUCCACAGCCACGCCCUGCGGCCACCUGUUUUGCUGGGAGUGCAUCACCCAGUGGUGCGACACCAAGACGGAGUGUCCCCUGUGCAGGGAGAAGUUUCCUCCCCAGAAGCUCGUCUACCUGCGGCACUUCCGGUGACCAGAGGACAGAGGGACCCCAGAGUCACAUAACGUCAGGAGAAAACUUGGUUCCCAAGGUUCACUUGACUUGUGCAGAAACCAUAAAAUUCUCAAAUGUCCUGUUUUUAUCACAUCAGAUGCUAUGCUAGCAGCUCAGGAGGACCCAGCCUGGGCAGCUGGGCUGAGACCUCCAGGGCCAGGUUUGGGCGGGGGCUCCACUCGCUCCGUCACCAGCCUGCGGACAGUGAUGGCGAGACCCGGCCGGGGCCCAGCCCCCACCCCCACAACCCAGUCACUGCAGGAACCGCCCUCCUCGGGGCAGGGUUCUAGGUUUCCGUCCUCUUCCCCAAACCACACAGUUGAGAACUAAUUUCAGGAACGGGCUGCCCUUUAUUCGUUUAUAUGAUCAGAAAAUGAACUGACAGGAGGCAGACGGUAAGGGUUUGCCCUAAAAGGGCAAGUGUUGACUG